CUGAGCAGUAAAGGUAAAGCUCAAGAGCGGCGUGUUCCGUAGUUCAUCCCCGACCACCGACCUGAGCACAUCAUGAAGAGCUUCGUCGCCAUCUUGGCCCUCGCGGCUGCAGCGGCCGCCCAGAACUGCCCCGAAGAAGGCGUGGCCUACUUCGCCGACCGAGACUUCUGCGACCGCUACUCCCAGUGCCGCGACGGCGUCUACACGGAGGAGCAGUGUCCCGACGGCCUCCUCUUCAACGACCUUGUGACCAACGGCCGCUACCCCUGCGACUACCCCUCUGAGGUCGACUGCGGGUCCCGCUCCAAGACGCAGCCCGCCCAGCCCACGGAGUUCUGCCCUCACCAGUGGGGCUACUUUGGCUCCGGCGACAGGGCCCAGUGCGGCUACUUCUACAACUGCGUGGACGGCCAAGCGCACCAGUUCGCCUGCCCCGACGGCCUGGCCUUCUCCUCCGCCACCUACCGCUGCGAGUGGCCUGACGAGUCCCCCGACUGCGACUCGGCUGCCUUCCUCGGCUUCACCUGCCCCGCCGAGGUCGACCUCCGCCAGGUGCAGCUCUUCGGCCACUCCCGCCUCAGGUCUCCUAGGGACUGCCGCCAGUUCUUCAUCUGCGUCGGACCCUCGCCCAGACUCAACUACUGCGACCUCGGCCUGGUCUUCAACGAGGCCAUUUCCUCCUGCGACGAACCCGAGAACGUGCAGGGAUGCCAAAACUACUACCCCCCCGAGGAGCUGGCCGCCAUCAGGGACAGGAAGGAGAAGGCUCGCCUCGCCCAGCUCAAGAGAGAGGAGGAAUUCCAGAAGCUGAAGCAGCAGCUCGCUCAGCGAAGGCAGAACUAAGUGCGAAAAGCAGAAAAUAAAAUCCAUGGUAGAUAUGA